UACCUACCUCUUCAUGAUGCAAGCUCAAGGCAAGAUGUUGAGGGACAACGUGCGAACGAUAGGCAUUUUGAUUCGAGACCGCUACACCAAAAGGAACAACACUCUUAAUGGCACAGAUUAUCUUGAAGGGUACAAUUCAAGUGAAUAUCUUGGUCAGAGUGGAACAUACCUUCCAGAAGAUUUCACAUAUUCUCCUGGUUUGCCUUGUCCAGAAAAACUGCCUUCUAUGAAGGGGUUUAUUGAUAUCAACAUGAGUGAAAUCAGCAUGGAAGAAAUCCAACGUUUAUUUUCACAAGAUUUAGAAAUCCAAUAUGGAGGCCACUGGAAGCCAAAGGAUUGUAAACCCCGCUGGAAGGUGGCAAUCCUUAUUCCAUUCCGCAACAGGCAUGAGCAUCUCCCAAUUCUGUUUCGGCAUUUGAUUCCGAUGCUUCAACGUCAACACGUGCAGUUUGGCUUCUAUGUCAUUGAACAGGCUGGUAACUAUCCUUUCAACCGUGCAAUGCUAUUUAACGUUGGUUUUAUGGAGGCUAUGAAGGAUCUAGAUUGGGACUGUCUCGUUUUCCAUGAUGUUGAUCACAUUCCAGAAAGUGAUCGCAAUUAUUAUGGAUGUGGGCAGAUGCCACGGCAUUUUGCAUCAAAGCUGGACAAGUACAUGUACCUUCUGCCAUACAAUGAGUUCUUCGGUGGAGUCAGUGGUCUAACAGUAGACCAAUUCAGGAAAAUCAAUGGCUUUCCCAAUGCCUUCUGGGGAUGGGGUGGCGAAGAUGAUGACUUGUGGCGUAGAGUUUCCUUUGCAGGAUAUAAUGUGACAAGGCCAGAAGGAGAUCUGGGAAAAUACAAGUCUAUCCCCCAUCAUCAUCGAGGGGAAGUGCAGUUUCUAGGCAGAUAUAAAUUGUUGAGGUAUUCUAAAGAACGUCAGCCCCUGGAUGGGUUGAACAACCUGAAGUAUGCUCCAAAUAUAACCCUGCACUUUUUGUACAAAAAUAUAACAGUGAACCUUACACCAGAGUUGGCUCCUGUAAUUGAAGGCUAAAGAGGAUGGGACCAUCUGAAAUUUCUAACGGCUUCCCUGGAACAUUGUGGAUUUCAGAGCAUUUUUGUUUAGUGGCAGUUCAGUGAAGGACUUUAAGGGUCUUGAGGAACAGCCAAACCACCUCAGCUGUGGAUGAUUUAAUGACGGCUUGAGUCCUGAAUUUUGAACAGCUGAUUGUGUCUGCAUGUCGCACUAGCUUUUGCUAAUGAAUUCGCCCUGCACUUUGAAAGACAACGUGUCAUCAUUCUGAAAUCAAGAGGUUUACAGCAGGGCUACUUUGACUGUUAAGUCCUUGCAUUAUUGUCUAAGCUUUCUCGUUGUGAUCAGCUGUUCUUGUAUAAAGGUGUUAAAGCCAAUAGAAUUUCCAUUUGUAUGUAUUGCAUAACAUAUUGUAUUUUUAGCUAAAAUGAAGGCUUGAAAUAAUGCUAUGGAUUUGUAAAUAUACUGUAAAAUUGUGCACUUUGCCACUCCUUUUUUAUACCAUUGAACUUAUGCAUUUGUGUGAUGUUCCUUUUAAAAAGGAGAUAUAUAAUAUAUAUAUGUAUGUAACUUGGCAUGUAAGAACAAAAUGUAUAUAGUCUUUAAGACACAUUAUUUUAAUUUCCAUACUGAACAAUGGGGAGAUUGCAAUAUAUUGUCUCGUUGCUGUUAGCUAAAACCAUAACUUGUAACAGUAGGAUUCUACACUGCCAAGUCACUUCACCUUCUGGUUUGAUUUGAAAAAGACAUUUUUGUUCGUAAAGUAAAAUGAGUUUAGCUUUGGAUUAUCUUCUGAUGUGUGGUAUAAUGCUAGUUGAUUCAUUUAUGUAUUUGGGGAAGGAAAGCUUAAAACCAAGAUGUGUGGGGGAUGUUGGGGCAGGAGGGAAGUGUUAGGUAUUUGCUUUCAAAGGAUUUGAAGAUAAGCUACAAGCUAAACCAAAUUUCAUCUUGUAGGGUUUAGGGUGUGCUGCCUUAGUUACUGAGCAGCUGGUGCAAAGGUAUUGAUGGUUCUCUUUACAAAACCAAAUUUCUUGCCUCACUGUUCUGACUGGCUGACCAUCUUUUAUCAUUCCCCUGCAUGCUAAGAAAUACGGCAUUUAUCAAUUUGCCAUAUUUAGAUACGUGUUUAUGAAGUGAAGCCUUGUUUUCCAUAAUCUUUUCACGCUGGGGGGGAGAGAAAGCAAGCAUUCUAAAAUUAACACUUGUAUGCUAAUAAUUAUUUUCAUUUUUUAAAAUAAAGCAUGUGGUGAGUAACUGGAUACAAAUUUAAAAACAAAAUUUUAUGAAUUGCUGUAUAUAUGCCAGUACUAUUCAAAUAAUGGAAUGAUUCUGUGCAAACAGCUUCCUUUCAGAUAACGUCCCAUUCCUUUAAUUUUUAAGAUGGGAUUUGUUGACUCUGUCUUUGAGAACCUGCCUUUACUUUUGGUUUAACCUGAUGGAAAUUGAUACAGCUGCUGGUCUCUACCAUUAGGGGAAGGGCAAUAUGCAUUCCCCUUUUAAAACCUUAAAAUAAUCCGUUUUCUCAUUUUUUUUUUUUUUCUGUUCAAAAUGUAUGGAUUCUUUGAAGAGCCUGAGAAACAUUUUCGUUACUGAUCUGUGAAUGAUUGCAGCAGCUCUUCAGUUGUGGAUGAGUCUGGUAUUGUUUGUUUUCAUUGUAUAUUUGCAAAUCUUUUAUGUGUAACUUGUCAAAAUUGUUAGUAAUCCACACUUGAGAACUUUUUCCUAUGUUUUUGUUUAGGAUUUAUACUUUCAUCAACUGUGCUUGAAUACACUUGGAGAGUGGAAACCAUGCAAAAUGGUUCCAAAAAUGUCAUAAGUAGUCAAAAGGAGUUGAUUGGCUUAAAAAUGGAUCAAACAGUGUUGAUGAAAAGGUGCAGGUGCUUCAUGAGUACUGGAAGAAAACAAACCCAUACAGGCUUCAAGAAAAGUAAGAGCAAAUUUUCUUACCAUAAGAUUGGAUGAUUACUUUAGAAAGUACUUGGGGUAAGGGCACAGAACACAAAGCUGCUGUCACUAAUGACAGUGACAUUCAGGCUUUGGUUUGUCUGCCAGUUGCAGAUAAUCGAAAUCAGUUUAUUCUUAAUCUAAUUCUGGAUAGAAAGAGUUACCAUUAGAUUAUCAAACCGUAGCGAGUAGACUCUGGAAGAAUAAGAACUAUAAUACCUUGAAAAAGACGUGCUCAUAAAUCUUAUGCUGAUUAUAAUGAAGUUCACUUCAAACAGAAUUGGAAGCUGCAAGAUUGUCUUUUAAAGAAUGGAAGAUGUAACUAGGAGGAUGUUGUUCUGGCCUAUGUUAUCUCUUUGUUGAGCUGAAUGAACAAAGAUUGAGACAAAUGUUCGAUGCUUAUCCUUCUAACGGGUAAGUGGUAUCAAGGUGCCUGAGGAGAACCUUUGGGUUUUGCAGGAAGGGGCAUUAUUGAUUUGUUGAUUCACUGCUGUGAAUAAAAACAUUUGAUUUCUUUUUCCAUCUAAUUUAAAGAUUGUUAAAUCGAGGCCAAAGAUUAAAUGUUCAGGGACUUCUUGCCCACCAUAAUCCACAAUCUGAUUUUAUAAAAGUCAAGAUACCAAUCAUCAAUUAAUUAAUAAAUAGUUUUGUCAAAUCCAGCUCCACCCCGAUGUUAAAAAAAAUUUGAAAUGCCCCCUCGUUUUGCUUCUAAAUGACAUCUAUCAUCUAGCUAAAAUUUAUUAAAAUUUUCUGGUAGGGAAACUUAUUUUCAAGAAGACUGCGUUCUAAAAUCUAGUUUUUGUUUAAAAGUUUGAGUCAAAGGAGCUGAAGUUGAAUCCUUUCAUUUGUAUUUUUUCUUUAAUCUUGAUGUGAAUUCUUAAGAUUUGCUAAUAUCUUAUAACUCUGUUAAGGUGGUAUACUUGUAUGUGGUCUGACAUUUUUUUGUGUAUCUUAGAUGAUUUUAUUUCUCAGUAUUAACCGAACAGAUUGUGCACUUUAAUGUUUAUCUAUACAUGUACAUGUUUUAUAUAAAAAUAUAUUAAACGUGUAUGUAUUGGAUUCUAAAUUGGAAGGGAAGAAACUGCAUUUGCAGUUGGUGAAAGCAGGUAAUUGUGGCAGCAAUAAUUAAGGUUUUAGCUCAAAUUCCAAUGACCAUUUGCUGAGUUGCCAAUCAUAUAACAGUACAAUUACAGGUUCUUUACACCAUUCAAAAUACAGUAUAAAGCCAGUUCAUAGGCAAAAGUAAUUUAUUGUAGCAUGCUGCAGGAAGAAUUAAAAGGCAUGCUUAAAUUGUACAAAUCACAGUUAACUGUGGUGAAUUGUUUCUAAGAAUCUUUGUUGUCUUGUGGGUAUGUUUGUGAUAAUAUUUGUAUGUUUUGUAUCAUUCUUUUAUGAGAAUAAACAAUACCAGCACCGAAAG